UCCGUUUGGCGAGUGUUAGACCCCCUUCCCCCCCUCGCGCCGCUCGUCGGUUUAGGAAACUCGCCGUAGUCGGCGCAGACCGGGCGGCGGUUGCUCCUGGCCCCCACAUUGUAGACGAGGUCGGCGCCUUGACAUCCUGAACCAUGAGUGGCCGUCGUCGAGGCGGCGGGGGUGGGUCUCGCGCGUCGUCGACGCGAACCGUGCCGGAGGAGCUGCGUAGGGGUCGUGGCCGUUCCGAAAGUCCUGGAGCCGCCUCGGCACGCCGUCGACCAUGCCGCCGUCGCCGCGUCGGUGGUGGACCGGCGCCUACGCGGGUAGGUCGGCGGCGGCGUCCGUCCGAGGUCGCAACAGCCAACGCGGGGCGCGCCGUCCGCGGCGCGUCUUGGUCCUCACGCGACGGAGCGGUCCUUUCGCAGCGGGAGACGUCGGCAGCGCCGGCGGGGGCCCACGACGCGCGCCGUGCGUGCUCGCUCAGCGUGAUGGGCAGCCUGCGCGGCCGCUCGCGGGUGUCGAAGGCAGUGGACACUAUGGGAGCCAAUUUCCGCUCACCGGCAGCCGCCUCCAGCCCGAUCAGGGCCCGGACGUGUCACCUGAGACACGCCGGACCCACGCGCUGGACCGUCGGGCACGCAGGUGCGGUAGGGCACCGCGUUUCAUCCGCUUUGCCCUGCUGCCCCUCUCCCAAAAUCUGUGCAGGAGAGCUGCUGCGGUGCAAUUGGGCAACUCGAAGUCCGCAGGCACCCCCUAGGCCACCCCGUUGUCGUGGGGGGCCGCUAGGCCGGCUAGGCGACCCGCCAAAAUGGGGCCCAGCAGCAGGGCCGCCAGCAGCCAUGAGUAACUGGCAACGA